AUGGUACAAGCUUUGGAAUUAAUACAAACGUCCGACGUGACUGCGCCGGGUUAUUCUGUCGCCGAGGAGUGCCCUACUAGUCCAUGGGUGCUCCUUCUUCCGUCUGCAAGGCCUGCCACACACUUAUGCGCAGGAUCUCGAGGAUGUAACCACCGAUCGCAAUCGACUGCAGGUCUGGGAUUGUAUUCUGUUGAUCACUGCAUGAUCAAGGUCGGUCAUCUCGGUACCCAACGCGGCUAUUCAUUCUUCCAAGGUGUGACCUACGACUUUGAGGCUUCCAUUGGAGAGGCCAUAGGUUGCUUUCACUCAAGGUGGAACCUUGGUUUCGCUGGAAGGAUUAUGGGUGUCAGAUGUAGGACGCGUAUUUCUUAUUUCAAGCAACUGAACUCGACAAGUGAAAUGUCGACCAGUGCAGUCGGAGAUGACUAUGCAUCAACUCUUGUGUUCGAGGCAAGCAUUGAUAGAGUUAAAAAAGAUAUAUUGAAAGUAGCAAGAUUAAGGAGAUGCAUGCGUGCGAGGAUGGAGAGUGAGGGUGUGCACACUCAGAUCGAGAGUGAGAUCGAAACCCGUGCAGACCUCCCCACCACCAUCCAGCUCUCCAUGCCUACGCAUGCACACAUGGGGGGUGCACAAAAGACGCAAAGAUGUACCAUGCUCAAAUCUGCGCACGUGCACGUGGAGAUGAACGAAAGAUGCACCAUGCCCCAAAUGGGUACGCAACACCCCAAAUGGUCCCUCACUUCCUUUGCACGAAUGCGCCUCCAUCUCCAUCGCGAGUCGGGUUCUGCACUGAGAAUGGCAAGAAUUCGAUUCAGAGUCGAGGUCGUCCAAUGUGAAUUCGGCACAGAAAAUGUCAAGAAUCGAGGAGACGUUGGGAAGGGAGGGAGAGAACGGGAGGGAGAGGGCGGAGGGACCAGCUAUUACAGCAAGAGGAGGGAGGCAGGAGAAUCGGUGUUGCAGAAGACGGUGUGGCAGAUGGAAGGUCGUCUGUGGCUGUGGAGGGCACAUCAGGGGGUGGUUGUCGACUUGAAGGGCAUGCAGCAUGCAGGAGGGGGGUCUGUGGCUGUGGAGGGUAGUCGACGAUUCAGGAGGCAAUGCAGGAUGUGGGGGGGGGGGGGGUCAUCGGUGGCUGUGGAGGAGAGUCGUUGUCUUGAAGGAUGGCCUGAGAGGGGAGGGAGGGUCGUCUUUGAGGCGGUCGUAGUCGUCUUGAGGCAGUUGAUGGAAGGCAAAAUCGGGAUUGGGAUCCGUUGUUAUGCGAGACUAAUGGGAGGUCCACGAUGUCAGGCAACAGCGGUAGAGACGAGUUAUGGUCAUGAUUGUUUGUUGUCUCGGCAGUGUAGAGUGCAGAGAUGA